GAUCCGUGUUGACAUGAAGGUAGCGGGGGUGGCAGCGCCGCCGGGCCUUGCAAGCACUGGAGGGGCUGUGGCCUCUGCGAACUUGCCUCCAUCAAUGCCUCCGCCUCCACCCCCGGCGCCUUUGUCAAUUGCGAGUAUUUCGAGUUCUUAUCCAGCCAUGCAGACGGCGCCGACAGCACCACCCGCUUCUGCCCCCAGCACAAACCAAGCUGCACCAGCCGCGCCCACUGCACAAGCUGUGCGGGUUGCCACCGCCGCAACUGUGCCCAACACGCCAGCACGACCCGCAACGGCUGUCGCAGCUGCCAGAAAAACGAAAACUGACACGAGCCACAGUGAUCCUAAGGAGCAGCCGCUCCGUGAGCUUCGGGAGUUCUGUGACCAUUGGGGGUUUGAGGAAAACACCCGCAGAUACCUCGUGGGCCUUCCGGCGAAAGUCCAGAAGGUCGUGAUAAACAAUUUUGAAGCACCGCCGACUGUACAGUGUGUAGAUGCUCUGGUGCACAAUUUCGCUAAGAGCAUCCUGCUCAAACAUGGCUAUGAGGAUCUGGACAUGGACCAGUUCGUUGCCCGUUGGUCCCUCCGCCCUUCUCUGCCUGUCUGGGGCUUCGCUGAGAUCGGAGGGAGUAAAGUGCAACAGGUCAUCUUGUCAAGCUGGCUGCGCCUGCUAGAUGGCCUUCGUGAGGGAUCAAAGCAGUGGACAAGUCGGAACAUGAUGCAGCAGUCGGCCAUUGCAAACAUGGCAGCCGCGUGUUGGCCUUGUGGCUGCGGUGGCGGCGAGCCACAGAGGCCCCAAAAGGCCAUGGAGGACGCCAAGCGACCGGUCUUUGGGGCCGAGGCGGAGCGUAUCGGCACCCGAUUGGAUGAGGCAACCGAUGAGUUCCUCAAGGAAACAAAAAGCUGCCGGGCCCUGCAGAUCCCACCCGGGCAAGAUCAGUUGACCGCAAUGGAGUAUGUGGCCUAUUUGGGCAUCAACCUGCAGUUGGAGCCAGAGCUUUCCUGGGUGGCGCGGGAGAUGCUUGCUGCUCCUAUGCCACCUCAAGCCGAGAUGAAGGUUAGCAAGGCCGGCGUUUGUUACUUUCACGACUUGCUCAAUGAUUAUUACACCAUCGAGCACCCUUUGACACAGAGGUACCUGAAAGUCUUGGAGCGCCAGCGGCUAGAUCUCUUGUGUCUGCGGACAAAGCCGUCCGUGAAUGGCCUCCUUUUCUCGCAGCCGGACAUGCUCUUCAACAAGCAGUUUCGCAACCUUCAGAUUCCGUGUCAAUCCUGCGGGGUGAUGCAGUCCACACUGAAGUGCAACCAGUGCCUCAUGUCCUUCUGCCAAUCUUGCGCAGAUGCCCUGCACAAGAAUGCGCUGGGUCCCAGGUUUGACGAGGUGUUUGCCCACUACAAGGCAGAGGGCUACACCAAGAAAGAGGUGCAGAGUUACUGGGACCAGGCCAAAGCCGAGAAGCCGGCAAAGGCCAAGGUGCAGCCGGAGCCAAAGCCAAAGGCCAAGGCCAAAGCUUUGCGUGGUGCCAAGGACACCGUGGCAGAGGACCCGUCCAUGAUGCGGACAAGCACACGUCUGCCCAGAACGCGGGCAGUUCUCAAAAACAUGAGGAGACGGGACAAGGACUGGCGAAUCGGAGCCAUUGUGUACCAGCUCUUCGUGGACCGCUUCGCACCACCCGAUGACUUCGAGGCCAAGAAGAAGCUGUAUCCAGAUGAAGCCACCUUCCACGGCUGGAAAGAACUGCCGAAGGGGGGACAGCUUGUGGAAUCGGCUGGAUAUUACAGCAACGAGCUGGCUUUCUGGGGUGGGGACUUGCCGAGCCUCACUUCAAAACUGGACUACAUCGACGGCUUAGGAAUCGAUGUGCUGUACCUGCAGCCGAUCACCAAAAGCUACUCCAACCAUAAGUACGACACCAUCGACUACAAGCAGUUGGAUUCGCAGUACGGGACCGAUGCCGAUUUCAAGUCGCUUUCCGACAAAGUCCAUGACAAAGGCAUGAAGUUGGUGCUCGACUUCGUGUUCAACCACUGCGGCAAGCGAUGUCAGCUGGUGAAGGAUGCACUUGCAGAUGCAUCCUCUCCAAAGAGGAAGUAUUUCUUCAUGGGGGACGAGUACAAGCCGCAUGGAUACAAGGUGUGGGGCUGUGCACCGGCUUUGGUCGAGUUUGCCUUGGAAAACAAGGAGCUGCAGAAGCAUCUGUGGGAUGCCCCAGAUUCGGCCCUUGCCACCUGGCUGUCGAAAGGUGCUGAUGGAGCGCGGCUGGAUGUUGCCUCGGAGAUAGGCCUGGAGCUACUGGCCUCCAUCACACGUGCAGCUCACAAGUACAAGAAGGUCAUGAGCCUCCACAUGGGUGUGCUCGUCUACGGGCUGGCUGAGGGUGUUUUGCCUGGGCCGUCUGCUGCACAAAGCCUGUCGAGGAUGAUUGCAGAUUCCAGCAUGGACGAGGCCAAUGUUUUGGUGAAGCCAACAAUGGAGAGUACACACCGACGAACCGACGGCCAAGUCACUGUGCAGGCGCGGAAGUUUGCCCAGUGCCUGCAAUUUACCUGGCCGGGAUGCCCAUUAAUUUACUACGGCGAUGAGCUUGGAUUGGAAGGCGGCGAGGACCCCCACAACCGAGCUCCAAUGCCGUGGGAGCGCAACAACGACCAGAAUGAGAUGUUAAAGCAUACGAAGAUGCUGAUGCUAGCCCUGCCUUACUUUAAGUCUUAUGUUGAUGCCAGUGAGCUCCGGAUUACAGGCGAUUACCGGGACUUGCCUACCACGAAGCUGAUGGCAUUCAUUCGCACCACCGAUCGUGUCAGCGAUGUCAUGAUCGUCCUUGCAAACCCUACAUCGGAGGUCGUCAAGGAGAUGGUAGUGGUGCCUGUGCCGGCCAUUCUGGGCCAUACGCUGUUCAAGGACGACCUUCCCGCCAGCAUAGAUCAGCUGAGCGGAGAGGAGAUGCGGCUGCUCGGCUCCACGUUGACCGUGGAUGUAGCUCCGAAGACGGUACGAGUGUAUGCGAUGGUGAAUGAAGUUGGAAACCCGAAGAACCACACCUUCCUCACCACCGCUUGCGGCAGCUUGUGCUCUACAUGCGCUGUCAAGAAGCCGCAGGUGUUUUGCGCCAACUGCGAGGACUACUUCUGCUUCAAGUGCUUCGAAGACAUGCAUCGACGCGGGAACCGACUGCAACACAAGUCCAUGCUGGUGAGCGUGUCAGAUGGUGAUGUGAUAGAGCCUCAAAAGCGCUGCGAGGAAUGUGAAGAUCGUCCAGCUGCCUUUGCAUGUGAUUAUUGCCUGGACAAUUACUGCGUGCAAUGCUUCUGGAAAUGCCACUUCAACGGCCACCGGCGCCAGCAUACGGCGUCCAAGGUGGCGGUGGUGCCCAUGUGCAACCAAUGCCAGAAUGUUCGCGCCACGAUCUUCUCCGAGCAAACGCAGGAGUUGAUGUGCACAGAAUGCUUCACUAUGCUUCACGCCAAGGGCAACCGGAUGUUACACUUGUUCAUGGACUCGAUGGAUUUGCUGGUGCUCCUAGAACGCCUGGAUCCUGCUUUUCAGGAGCACAUGCGUAGAGCUCGGCCUCGUGUUCUUUGGGCACUUAGCCAGUUGCAAGGUUGGGUGAAGGGUAUCGAAGCACGUCGCAACUUCAAGAAGAGAAAGGACGUGGUCUUGAUGAUCCAGCGGCGCUGGCGAGGUGUGCUGACACGGCGCCGUUUGCUGGGCAUGCUGCACAUGCACAAGUGGCGAAGGCGCCAAGUGAACAAUUAUUUCCUCCCCAAGACCGCGGCAGAGCGACGGGCGGUGAAGCAGAAGACCACGGCCAUGUUGUCUGCCAAGGAUGUGACCACCCGUGCGGCCAACCAGUCAUUGCGGGAGUUGCGGCAAACAAUCCUUUCAACCGCCAAUGCAGAUCCUCUGGAGGAUGCGCAGCUGACCCGCGAUCAGAUGGAGGCUUUGCCCGGAGCCGUGGACAACAUGGCCGCCACUGUUUCCGGCUUCGGCGGCUUUGGCGGCGGUGCACCUUCGGGUGCCCAGACAGCACCGCCUGGUGGCAUCUCGCCAUACACCAGCUACGAGCAGAGCUCGCGCUUCAACGGGGCGAUAACGGGGCCGGCGGGAGCUGCCACGACGCAGGACUUGUCCAAAAAGGACAUCCGCAACACCCGAGACAGCACCCUCCGGCAGAUCACACGUCUGGACUGA